AUGACAGUUAGUACAUCAUUAUCAUUAACUAAUCUUUUUAAACCAAUAACAAUUGGUAAUGUCCAACUUGAACAUAGAGUUGUCCACGCUCCAACUUCUAGAAAGAGAUCAACAAAAGAUAAUUAUCCUACUGACUAUAUGAUUGACUAUUAUAAAUCACGAUCAAGAACACCUUCUUCUUUACUUAUUUUUGAAUCGUGUUUAAUAUCUGAAGAAACGGGCUUGAUUCCAUAUAAAUGUGGAUUAUGGAAUGAUAAACAUUGUCUUGCUUUGAAGAAAAUUGUUGAUGAAAUUCACGAGAAUAAUAGUUAUGUUAGUAUACAAAUUAUGGGAAAUGGUAGAGUUGCCAAUAUCCCACUUAUGAAAAGCAAAAAUUUGCCAAUUUUAGCACCAUCUGCAAACUAUGCCAAUGAAGCUAGCGAAAAAUUAGCUCAAGAGUUGGAUUACCCUGUCCAGGAAAUGUCAAUUGAACAAAUUCAUAAAGCACAAGAUGAUUUUGUCAAAGCUGCCAUUAAUUCUUUGAAUAUAGCUGGUUUUGACUUUGUUGAAUUACAUGGUACUUCUGGAUUUUUGAUUGAACAAUUCUUAUCUCCUUUAUCAAACAAAAGAACAGACGAAUACGGAGGUAAUGUUGCUAAUAGGGCAAGAUUUCUACUUGAGAUUGUUGAUAAAUUUAUCAAUCAUUCUGAAAUUGGUAGUGCAAAGACUGCAUUACGUAUUGCACCAUGGUAUAGUAUUAAUGGGAUGACCUAUCCUGAUGAAAACCCUGUUGAGAAUGGUAUGGCUUAUCAGUUUUCAGAAUAUAUUUUGCAACAAUUGGAACUUAGAAAGAACCAAGGUAAUGAAUUAGCAUAUGUUUCUAUUGUGGAACCAAGAGUUUCAGGAAAUGGGGACGUGGAGCUGUUUGGGAAUAAAAGUAAUAAUGAACUCAUUAAAAAUUGGUCUGGUAAAUUAGUUCGAACUGGUGGUUAUGCUACUAAUUUUGAUGUUACUAAUCCCCUAGCAAUCAAAUCUAAUAAUAUCAUCAAGGAUGACAAUGGUGAAAUUAUGCACUAUUCCAGUUUAAUACAGGAUGUAAAUAAUGACGAUAGAACAUUGAUUGGGUUCUCAAGAGCAUUCACCAGUAAUCCGGAUUUGAUUGACCGUUUAAAAAAUGACUGCAAAUUGGAGUAUUAUGAUCGUCCAACUUUUUAUACCCAAACUGGGGAAGGUUAUUUGACUUUUACAGAUCGAGAUGGAACUGUUAUUACUAAGUUCUCAGAAGAAGAGCUUAGUCAAGAAGGUAGGUCUUUAGCAUAG